UGCAUAAUUCACGUGUCGACCACUUGUAAACAGAAUUGCUUCAGCAAAACAAUCACAACCAAGAGAGAAAUGUCUCAAUUCAUCACUGUUUUUGGUGCAACUGGCGCCCAAGGUGGUUCCGUAGUAAAGGCCUUACUUGCUGGAGGGAAAUUCAAGGUUCGAGGAGUCACUCGGUCACUAGAAAGCAAAAAGUCUAAAUUACUAGCUUCGCAAGGUGUAGAUAUGGUGCAGGCAAGUUUAGACGAUACAGACUCCCUUCAUAAAGCAAUAUCUGGUUCUUACGGAGUGUUUCUCGUCACCAACUUUUGGGAAGACAUGGACGGCGCAAAAGAAACACGACAGGGUAAAAGUGCUGUAGAUGUUUGUUUGCACGAAGGUGUCAAACAUUUGAUCUACAGCGGUUUGGAAAGCGCAGAGAAAAAGUAUGGAUUUGUAGUGGAGCAUUUUGAUUCAAAAGGAAAGGUUGAAGACUACUUAAUGGAAAAGGCUGGAUCGAUGAUUUGGAACAGCAUCCGCUUAUCCGCUUACUUAAACAAUUUUCUCACAAACUGGAAGCCAAAGAAACAGGAAGAUGGUACAUAUGAGCUGAGCAUACCCAUGGAAGGCAAGCCAAUGUAUGGAAUAGACGUAAACGAUUGUGGAGAAUGUGUCGCAAGCGUAUUCAACCACCCAGAAACCUACGGCAAGAAAAUUAUUGGAAUUGCUACGGACUACCUCACUGUCCAACAAUAUUGUGAUGCCUAUAGCAAAGUAUUCGCACCUCGUGUUUUUAAGGAUGCAAAAGCAAAGACCGACAAAGAUCAGGACUAUGGAUUUCCUGGUGCAGAGGAAAUGGCAGCCAUGUUUAAGCUGUAUCAGAAAGGAAUCGAGCGUGAUAUAGAACUCACGAAAACUUUGAAUCCCAAGGCAAAAACGUGGGAGCAAUUUGUAGUUGAACAUAAAGCAAAUCUGGAAACAUUAUUAUAAGAAUUUUACUGAAAAUUAGAAUUUGAAAGUGUACGGCUCAUUUCAUUCUGAAUAGAUUUUUUUCAAUGCA